AUGCAAACAUUUGCCAGAAAACGAUUAAAUCAACCGCCUAUAUAUCGAGCAAUUAAGAGGCAUCCUUUUAUAUAUUUUGGUCUUCCAUUAAUAGUUCCUAUAGUAUGCGGUUCUUUUGCUUUAAGUUAUUUAACGCAAACUAGAUAUGAUUUAUACGAAAAUAAAAAUAAAAGAGUUGAUAAAGAAGAGAAAUUACAAAUGAAUAAAGAUAGACGACUAAUUAAUCUUAAAAAUGAGUAUGAAAGAUUACAAGCUACACAUGAAGAACUUGAUGAUUGGGAGAUUAAAAGAGUUGAAAGACGUGAUGGCGAAUUUGAUGGAAUAUUAAGAUAA